GUAAAUGGAUUUUUAUACCGAGUGGAGUGACACUACACUUUUGGGGGCAUUGAGUUUCAAGUAGUCUACAAAGAGCAAGGGGUUUGUUUUUAAAUUUAUGACCACAGUGUAAUGCGUUCCAAAAAUAAACUUUUAACACGCUUUCUUUAUAUUGUGGUUUAGAGGCUAACAAACUCACCCAAGCAAAAACUUGUAACAAUUUGCUUAGAGAUUAUAAAUAUUUAAUUCAAGUACUGUAAUGUAGCUGAUAUUAUCAUUGGUAUAAAAAGAGACAUUUAAAAAAUGGCAGUCUACAAAUUCCGAUACCAUUCCUCUGACAAUUUCGACCAUCGGAAAAAAGACAAAGAACAGAAAUACUACUACCGAAAUAAAAUGGAAGUGUACUCAGAUUUCAACGAAAACCGAAACGACACCCGUGAUUACCAACACGGAAAAACACGUUCCGAGUUUUACGCCAGCGAUUUCGGGAGGAGCGAAACUCCUUCUCCUACCCCUCCCCGGAGGCACAGAGGGUACCGCCAUAGGAGUAUGGAGAAGGGGAACUAUAACCAUCACAAGCCCCACAUUCACUACAUCACCGCCAGGUCGGAACCGCCGCUGUCGUAUGGUUCGCCCCGGCAUUCCCGGCGACAGGAAGUUGUCAUUUUGAAAACGAGGCCGGAUACACAGCACGAGCCGAGGAUAGCUGUCUAUGACCGGAGAAGAAGAAGAAAGCGACGUUCUGAUUGCGUGUUCCAUUCCUGUCCGGAAAAGUCAAGCAAAGCUAUCCCAUCUAUGCACUACGAUGAGCUGCGAUGUCCCCACUGUGCUGCGCAUGUCCAGCCAUCACAAGAGGAAGUGCUGGCCUACCCCUGGUCUGUGCAGUCCUACCGUCCCACCCACGCAUUUAGCAACUCGCAGAAACAGCCACGGACGGAAAAAAUCGACCUGAACAAAGGGCCAUUACCGCCUAUAUCCCCAACCAAAGACCAGAUUAUCGAACAUGGUUCCAUCUUCUCCCAGAGAGCCCAGAACUCCGUACUUCCAGGCUCGGUAACCCAGGCAACGAAACCCGGAACUCACCUCACGAGAACGCAAGCACCAAAUUUAGAACCCGGAACAGGAAAUAAAAACUUUGAGGAUUUCUCCGAGGUCAUGCCCAAAGGGUAUACCCGAUCGAAGGAGCCCGCUAGACGGAGUGUUCCGCUUUCUGUGACGUCACAGCAAGCGGGUAAUCCCGUAGAGAAAGACGCGGAGAACGUCUCGCUGGUGGCGCCUAGCCAGCCCAUCUUUAAGUCCAACAGGGAACUGCAACAGGAGGCCAACGCGAGGGCUUCACGUCCUAUACUGACGCAGAGACAGGACCUCAUCAGGUCGCCACCCUAUGCAAGUCAGUACGAACCAGAUGACGUCACCCCCCUUGACAGCAUCAGCAACGUCAUCUUGCCCCCGGUUCGAGCUUCGGACUACGAACUCUUGUUCAACAGACCACCCCCCAGGGUCAGGGCUGUGACGGAGGUGGAUCAGGAUUACACCAGGGAGAAAUACUUUGACAGUCUGGACCAGCAGCGGACGUACAGGUACGCAUUGCCCACGCCACACCCUAAGAAAGACACGGCCACGGAGAUUUCUAGGAUGCUGAAGGGGGAGUACUAUGAUAGACGAACUGGUCAGAAAUACGAAUACAACAUCAACUUCUCACCCAAUAAAGUUACAAGCGAACGUCGUCCUUACGGAUAGGCAUGCUACAAUAACUAAUGAUGAUAUAGCCUACACUUAUAAAUAGACAUGCUACAAUAACUAAUGAUGAUAUAGCCUACACUAAUUAAUGACGAUACUACACUUAUAAAUAGACGUGCUAUAAUAAUCACUGACGACAGAGCCUUUACUUAUAGACUUGCUACAAUAAUCAAUGACGACAUAGGCUACACUUAUAAAUAGACGUGCUACAAUAAUCACUGACGACACAGCCAACACUUAUAAAUAGACUUGCUACACUAAUGAUAUAGACAUCCAAUAUUGUGUAGUGUCCGUAGAGUUUGUCAUGAUUUUAACUCGAUUCCAAAUAUUUAUUGAAUGUAAAAAGAAAUUUCACAAGGGAGAUAAAUCAUAUUUAAAAAAAUAAACGCGAUAUGAAAGAGUGCGAAAUACGUUAACUUAAUUACAUAAAUGUGCAUUCUAAUCGUACGUUAUAAUAAACAAAAAUACAUAAAUGUGGUUUGGGUUUGGUCAAAAUCUAAGAAUAGAUGGUAUUUUCAUUUAUUUUUUAAUUAUAUAAUAAUCGUUUGUAAAUCGUUUAAAAAAAAAACAACGCUUAUUUGCUUAAGGCCUUCUAUGAUUACAGUUGCAUGAUUGAGUGAUGAAGAUCGUGGUAUUUUAUGUACUGAAAGUUCACCAUAUUGGUGGAAAUGUCAGUUUGGAGAAUAACUUGAGGUGUGGGUGGAUGAACAGAGCAAUGUGUCACAUACGUUGAUUUUUGUAUCAGCGUUUC